AUGGCGACUCACAAGGACGUGACUGACGAGUCGGGUGCCGUCGUCUACUACUACACUCGAGAGAAGAAAGACGGACCCUACAAGGCAAACCUGCCGCCGAAGACAACCGUGAGCUAUGUCAAACAGCUUCUCGAUGUCUUCUUGCCAGCCGGCUAUCCGUACACGGUCACUGCCGAUUAUACGCCCUACCAGAUCUAUGACUCACUCCAGGCCUUCUCUAGCUCCAUCGCCGGGCUGAUGUCCAACAGAGCCGUGUUGCAGGGCUUUGGUGUGGGCAAGGAGGGCUCCUCAGCCACAGGCGCUGUCCUCCUCUCCGUCCUCCAGGAGUCGACUGGCCGACUUGCCACCAUUGUGUUUGCCCACCGCUUCGGUCAGGCCAUUGAGCCCGAGUGCAAGUAUUACCGCUUCAUGGCCGACAUCUUCAAUGAUGCCGCCCUCCUGCUCGACAUUCUCACGCCUUCUCUGCCCCAGGAGCCAAAGAUCAUUGCCCUCUGUGCUGCCGGUAUCUUGCGCUCUCUCUGCGGCGUCGCUGCUGGCGCGGCCAAGGCCAGUCUCAGCGCUCACUUUGCCAAGACUGGCAAUCUCGCGGAGCUCAAUGCCAAAGAUGGUAGCCAGGAAACUGUCAUCUCUCUCUUGGGUAUGCUGGCUGGUAGUGUGAUUGUCAACUUUGUCGAGGGAACCACUGCCGUCUGGCUGUCCAUGUUUUUCCUGCUCGGUGUCCACCUCUGGACCAACUACCAGGCCGUCCGAUCUGUCCAGAUGCGAUCUCUCAACCGACAGAGAACCUGCAUUGUCGUUGACGAGUAUCACAAGAGCGGUCGCAUCAUGCGCCCGGCCGAAGUCGCCAAGGUAGAGCGAAUCCUGACAUGGGAGGGCCCAGAUAUCGAUUUUGCUACAAGUCUGCCCGAGACACUCCCCUACGACUGGAUCCUCUCUCUCAAAAAGGAGCCCUUCAUGAUUGCCUACACAACGCGCGGUGCAAGAAUCUACCUCCGAAAGGGCGCCACAAAUCUCGAUGCAUUGGAGGCUUAUGCUCGUGCUCACAGUGGUUAUGUCUUUGAAAAGGAAUUCUUCAAGGCACUCGCGAGUGCUGGCUGGGAUUUGGACGCAGGAGCAGUCGAGACUGGACGAGCAAUUCGAAUCGCCCUGGAGUAG